CUUCUCGCUCAACAUCAUGGCUUUCUCGAAAUACAUUCUUGCAGGCACAGCUUUAGCUGUUGCUGUCCAUGCCUCGCCAGCACCACAGGCUCCAAACUUCCCACAGAUCACUGCUGCUCCGUCAGUAGCUGAUGGCCCAGAAGACAAUGGCAUCGGUUCCCAAACAGCUUCAUUGGUCACCACUUUCCCUCCUGCUCCCGCCAGCUCAGCACCUGCCUUAGCUACUUCUGCAGCAUUGAAGAAGCGUACCGUCAAGCCCAUUCCAUCAGGCUGCUAUUGUGUUUUCUGGGACCCAUUCUGCUUCGCCACGCAACCAAUCUGCCCACCGUCGAAGUCUUCUACUACAUCAACGAAGCCUGCUGCCACUACCUCCGUGGCUGCAAGCACCCUGCCAGCCUGCCCGACAUCCGCCUACACUCCUUACUACCCUGCCCUGGCCACCGGAUAUACCACCGACCCAGCUCUUGCUGCUACUAAGACUGCUACCGCUACCGGCGCUUGCCCAACCACUCCAGAGGCAGGUACCUACUGCGGCUUCAUCAACCCACUCGAUCCAUGUGCGCCUCAGCCCGAUGGAUACGGUCCAGUCCCGUCUCCAGAUACCGCAUCGGCCUUCCAGUCCGACCCGAGACUUCACUCUAUGGCCCUGACCGCCCCUACCCUUGUCCCAGCUGCAGAUGGAAAGCAAUACACUCAGGUGUUCAAGGACUUGAACGGAGCCACCAGCGCUCAAUCUUACCUGGGACUGCGCACCCUCAAGACGUAUGAUGUCAAGACCUGUGCUGCUUUCUGUGACUGCACCGACCUUUGCACCGCCUUCAACGUAUUCGCUGAGCGUGACCCAUCUCUCAACCCAACCAACAACGACUCCACCUACGACCCAGGCUACCCAACCGUCUGGGGACAGAACUGCCCCAACCCACCAUCCAUGACUAGCUUCAAGUGCACUCUCUGGGGAUCCAACAUCGACGCCUCCACCGCCACCAACACCGGCCAGAAACACGAGGACUUCCAAAUCGUCAUCACCGCCUCCGACGGCUACGACAAAACCAACGUCGUCACUCCCCCAAACCCCGUUCCCAACCCACCCAAAUCACCCAAGAACUGCGGCGGCAAGGGCAUCGACGCACCCAAAUACUGCAUCGGACAAAACUUCUUCCCCGGACCUUUCAACCCUAACGUCUGCUACCUCUACGCCCUAUCUCUAAACUCCGCCAACCAAAAGGCUGGAAUCAACCAGUCUUGCAAGUUCUUUAACGCUUAUUACCUUUUCAAGAAUAACAAGCCUCAUGGGACGUAUUGUAAUUUGUAUAAUGGUGAGAUUGAUCUUGGAUUUGCGACGUAUAAGGGUGGGAGGUCCGGGGGUGAUCAGUAUGAUUGUAAGCAGAGUUGGGGGUAUAGUAUGUAAAGGAAAUGAAAUGAAAUCGACAGAGAAGCAGCAUGGAUGUGGAGUUGGAGGGUUGGGGGGCGUUUUUUAUAUAGUUUUGGAGAAAG